UUCAGCAUGGGCGCGCCGGACACAUCAUGGGUGUUCGCGGACCUCGCCGUCGCCGACAGCUCCAGGUACAGUACCCGCUCGCGGCUGCUCCUCACGGGGCUCUCCUUCGCCAUCGGCAUCCUCACCCUCCUCCUCUACCUCGCCGUCUCCUAUGCCUGCCGCCGCCGCCGCCGUUGCCGCCGUCAGCGCGGCGCUGGCGCGGGUGCAGGUGCGAAGGACCAGGAGGCCGGCAUGAGCGACGCGGCGAUCGUGUACGAGCAGGCCGACGCGCAGUCGGCGCCCAUGGACUGCGCGGUGUGCCUCGGGCAGGUGGAGGCCGGCGAGAAGCUGCGUCGGCUCCCCAAGUGCGCGCAUCUGUUCCACGCCGACUGUGUCCACGCCUGGCUGCAAGCGCACUCCACCUGCCCCAUGUGCCGCGCCGCCACCACUGGCAGCACCCCGGCCACGGCAGCGGCGGCAGAGGCGCUGCCACCUGGUGUGGUUGCAGCUGGAAGCACGCCGCCUGCCUUGAACGGAUGAAUUGAACCACACUGACCGGAGAAUAGCUAGAGUGAUGGAUAGACUAGCGACGCUGACUGGAGAAUAGCCAUAGUGUGGUCAUGGCUGCGGCCACGGUGCGUGUACAGGAGUAUGUGCGACGUCGAGUGUGCUUGUAUUACUGUUUUUUUAGGGAAAGUGUGCUUGUAUUACUGGCUCCGUUUCA